UGUUGGUUUCGUGCUUAGGUUAAUGGCCUGUCUUACAUUUAUCUCUUCUCUUGAAUGCUCAGGUUUUGUCCCCUCUUCUUUCCUCAGGAAAUGAGUUUUGACAUUGCCGAGGACAUGGCCAAAGCGGAACUGAAGUACCAAGAGCCAGCUUUGGCUGGAGAAGCAUACGAGAACCAGGAAGCUGCUGCUCUCAAAUCAGAGCCCACAGAACCACCUCUUGAAAUGACAUCAGAGGUCAUUGAUGACAUGAAAUUUAUAAAAGUUGAAGAACAAACUCACAACGAGCAAAUAAACUGCCUAUGGAGUAGGCCUCGAAGAAGGAAUGGCGGUACUAACCUUUCCAUAGCAAAAGUCAAGGCAAUAGCAAGCGAAUAUGCAAACACCAGCAACGCAUUUUCACACCGUUGGUUUACAGCAUUGUAUCCUAGGGGCCCUAUCAUAUCAUGCCCCGGCUGUCCGCUACCUGUUGAGUUUGGUCCUUCUGCGUUCCUAACACUGCUCCAGCACGUUGCCUCCUGUCAUGAAGAGCAUUCCAAAGAAAUGUAUACAGUAAUUAUCAAUAAAUACUUUUCUUUCAUACAAUACAUGAAAAAUAUUGUACGUAACAAGACUAAAGAAAAAUAUGUAAAGAAAUUAAGGAGUCAUACACAGUCUCAGUAAUGACAGCAUGAAAUUGUGCAUUGUGAGAAAAUGUCUAUUGGAGAUUCUAAAUGAAUUAAACCAUAUUAAUCACUCCACACUCGAGGGAAUACUGGGAUGGAGUGGCAGGUGCUGGCAUAAGAAAAUAAGGCCUGUUAAGAAUUUGAAGACAUUUUGAUUCAUAAUUUAAAUGAAGCAUGUCCAAUAAUACAGAGAAGAGGGAAUAACAAAAUAAAAACAUGAUACUGGAGUAAGGAGUCU